UAACUUCAAUUGAGUCCCAGAUUCUUAUUUUUUUAAGAUUUGGCUAUUAAUGGCCAUUGUACCUUUUUUUUUUUUUUAAGAUUUGGCUUCAAGUUUGAGUCUUAGCUUUUGAAGCUCAGAUUUUGUUUUGUUGAUCGUGACUACGUGAAAAGUUGAGAACUUUAUUUUGGGAACGGCAACUAUUCAGUUAGUGGGAUACUGGGUUUUUGUGAAAAAUGAGGAAGCGUCAGAUCUUGAAGCAUCCAAUCGCUCUUGUAAGCAUUCUUGUGUCUGUUUGCUGCCUUUUGAUUAUGAUUGGAACUGUUCUCAAGCUUCCAGAGGCUCCAACCAAUAGUAGCGAAAUGGGGUUUUACCCAAUAAACAGAUCCAGAAAAGUUUCCCCACAAGAUGUCUGGUUGGGCAAGUUUGGGGAAAUGAUGGUUGAUAUGUUGCCUCAAGAUCUUGCUUUUACUGUUUUUGUUCCUUCCGAGGAAGCUUUCAAGCGAGAUCUGCGUCUGUGGGUGAAUGAUAGCUUGAAACCAGACAAGUUCAAUGAUACAUAUGCAAUUGUCACUCGUAUAUUGGGAUUCUCAACUGUCCCUCGUGCACUUUCUUCACUUAAUGUGCGCUUUGGUGAGCUUGUGUCCUAUGAUUCAUUAUCUGGGUUUCCAUUGUACAUCUCAAAAGACAUCGAUGGAAUGCUUCUAGUUAACAGGAUUCGAUCAGAAAUAGUAGACGUUAGAAAGAGGGAGAUUGUUGUCCAUGUCAUGGAUGGGGUUCUUAUGGAUGCUGAUUUUGAGCAAUCGGUUCUAUCCGAUGGUACAGAGGAGGAUUGACUGUAUAUUCAGGUUUUGCUCUUCGUUCGACAUUGGAUUCAUAUUUUGUUGAAUUCACAAUUCAACUGA